AUGGCGACUGUAAUACCACCACCCUCCAAAAAACAGAGGAGAGAGGCGCAAAAGGUUCGUGACAUUGACUUGGCCCCACCGGAUUUGCCUAAUGUUCUCAUAAAGUUCCAAGCAUCAGACACUGGUGAAGCACUUGGAAGCUCCAUUAGGGUACCAGGCAAUAUAAGUGAAAAACAAUUGGAGGAUCUUCUCAACGAAAUAAAUGGCGAAGGCAAUGAUCCCGUUCCUUAUAGUUUUUCCUUGCUCAAUAAGGAUGAAAAAAAUGGAAACGAAGAGUUGGUGGAUAUUAAGGAUGAUUUAUACACCUCAAUCUUAAAGCCAAAAAUAAAAACAACUGAAGAUUUUUUAACUUUAGUAUAUACUCCGAGAGCUGUAUUUAAAGUAAAGUCUAUUACAAGGUCAAAUGCUGCCAUCGCAGGACAUGGCUCCACAAUUUUGUGCUGUCAAUUUGCCCCGAACGAUUCUAGUAGAAUGUGCUCAGGAGCUGGAGAUUCAACCGCUAGAAUAUGGGAUUGCAGUACACAAACUCCACUUCAUACUUUAUCAGGACACAAAAAUUGGGUGUUAUGUGUUUCAUAUUCUCCAUGCGGCACUAUGAUAGCAACAGGAUCAAUGGAUAAUACUGUCAGAUUAUGGGAUGCAGAACUGGGAAAGCCAAUAGGCAAUGCUUUGACAGGCCAUUCGAAAUGGGUUUCGUCGUUAUCAUGGGAACCAUUACAUUUAGUUAAACCUCAGGAUCAACCUAGACUUGCAUCAGCUUCUAAGGAUGGAACUGUCAAGAUAUGGGACACAGCUGCUCGACAAUGUGAAUUAACUAUGAGUGGGCAUACUAAUGCUGUAUCAUGUGUAAAAUGGUCUGGUUCGAACAUAGUGUAUAGUGCAUCUCACGAUAGAACUGUAAAGUCUUGGGAUAUUUCGGCUGGGGGAAGAUGCAUUCAAACUUUAAAGAGCCAUGCCCAUUGGGUCAAUCACUUGUCUACAUCUACAGACUACAUGCUACGCAAAGGUGGAUUUGAUCACACAUCCACAAAAACUUCUUCAAAAAAAGCUACUCCGGAAGAGCUUAGAGCCCGUGCUCUAGAACAGUAUAAUAAAGUUGCAAAUCUUGGAGGACAAGUCUCUGAGCGAUUAGUCACAGCAAGUGAUGAUUUCACAAUGUAUCUUUGGGAGCCCCUCAAAUCCUCAAAACCCGUUUGCCGUAUGACAGGACAUCAAAAACUCGUGAAUCAUGUCCUGUUCUCUCCUGAUGGUCGUCGCAUUGUAUCUAGCUCCUUCGACAAUUCUAUUAAAAUCUGGGAUGGAAUCAAGGGCACUUUUAUAGGUACCCUUCGAGGUCAUGUAGCCCCUGUUUAUCAAACUGCAUGGUCCUCCGAUAACAGACUUCUUGUAAGCUGUUCCAAGGAUACUACUUUGAAGGUUUGGGAUAUUAGAACUCGAAAGCUAACAGUUGACCUACCGGGCCACUCCGAUGAGGUGUUUGCGGUAGACUGGAGUGUCGACGGAAGAAGAGUUGCAAGUGGAGGUAAAGAUAAAAUGAUAAGACUUUGGUCACACUAA